AUGUAUCUUUACUGGCAGAAAAGAAUCUCUCAAGUUCUACCAAUACAGGCAACCGCACAACACAUAACUUCGAGAAAUAUCCAUACAUCGACUGCUCAGUACUCGAAGCUCUCGAAUAACUUAGCUCACAAGACGAAACUAAGAGCCUACGCCGUUGUGCAGGGUCUACAAUCUACAGUAGGAAACAGAGCUUUACGGAUACACGGAGUCUAG